AUGGCUUCUGCUUCGCACGUUGCUACGUUCGUAGCAAUCGCUCGGUUUGUUGGGAUUGUUUUUCCGGCCUUGUACUGCGGUGUCACCUGUGAUUACAGCUUUACGUUUGUUCAACCGAUCGUUGACCAUGCUCCAAACCAGAAAGUCAUGGCGAAGCAGUGGUACUAUGGCUACAGAACUGGACCACUCUGGGUGCCACCCCUCGUAGCUCCAGGCACGUUUUCGAACCUAUUCCUGGCAUACAUCGCGAAGGACCCUUUCCAGCAAAACUUCUAUCUUGCGGCUGCCAUGGGAAUCUUCUCCAUCCUACCGAUCACUUUUCUGUACAUGGAGCCAGGGAUCAAUGGUGCCGCAAAGUGGAAGACUCAAACGCUGCUGAAGGAUGAAGGGUUCAGCUUGCCCGAAACCACGAUCUUCAUGCCUUCUGCAAGAAAGCACGGAGGUACACAGGCGUCCAGAAGAUGGGCAGAGAAGACCGAUAUGAAGGAGCUGAUACUACACUGGCGGUUUAUCAACAACUUUCGGUGGGUCAUUGGCGGCAUAGCGGCUGUUCUGAGCGGAUACGCCACGCUCUCGCAGCUAGCGGUUUGA